AGGCGAGAGCGACUCAACCUGUGGAAGCCGCCGGUGAAUAACAGCCGAUCCUCCCGCAGUGGAUGACUAAAAAAUAAAAAAUAAAACCGCCACGGUCACCGACGAGUGAUGACUUCUCCGCCCACGCGCGCCACUUUGUGAUUAGUCACCGGAGAAGUAGACAGAAGAGGCAUAAGAAGGAAGAUAGACUGCAGCGAGUGAGGCGGUAUUUUUCUUUUUUUUGGACCCGUUGGCAUCAGUGUGACAGACGGACACACACACAGACCACCUGCCGCCCACCGACCAUCAGCUAUGUUAUUGUCAAGUCUGCUGCUUUUCGCCUUCUCGCGCUUUCUGGCGACAGUGUUCGUGUGCUACCUGCCUCAAGUCUGCGCGCAGAAGCCUGGCUCGCGGUGGCUGAUCGGCGACAGGGACAGUCACUGCGGGGUCAUCUGCUCUCGGACACAGGGCAAGCCGGUGUGCGGCUCGGACGGCCGCAGCUACGAGACGGGCUGCGAGCUGCAGAGGGCGCGCUGCAAAGACAGAGCGCUGGCGCUGGCCCACCGCGGCCGCUGUCGAGGUAAAAAUUGGGUGAAAAUCGAUCAGUUGCCGCCGGCUCCGGCACCAACUUCCACGUCCGAGACUGGGGACGUGGAGCUGAAAGAUGCAGGUCAGUCCAAGUGUCGCGUCGAGAGGAACCAGGCCCUGGAACAAGCCAGGAGACCUCAGGAGGCCCUGUUUAUCCCAGAAUGCAACGACGAUGGGACGUUCACGCAGGUCCAGUGCCACACUCUGACAGGUUACUGCUGGUGUGUCACCAGUGACGGCAAGCCAGUGAGUGGCUCCUCGGUGCACAACAGGACUCCGGUGUGUUCAGGAAACUUCCGUGAAUUUAUGGGAACUCAUGCUGGGACAAGUGGAUUGUCAGGGUCAGUAACCGACAGACCACCCGGGCCACCGAACCCUGGUAGAAAAGUCUCCUUCCGUUUCUUUCUCACUCUCAACCCAGAUGAUGGCUCCAAGCCCACGCCCACCAUGGAGACUCACGUCCCCCCCGAGGGUGACGAAAUAACCGCCCCAACGCUGUGGAUAAAACAGCUGGUUUAUAAGGACAAUAAGCAGAACAGCUCCUCUUCAAGAAAGCAAGAGAAAGUUCCCUCUUGUGACCAGGAGCGACAGAGUGCGCUGGACGAGGCUCGGCAGAAUCCUCGCGAGGCCAUUUUCAUCCCCGACUGCGGGGCCGCGGGCCUUUACAAGCCGGUCCAGUGCCACCAGUCCACAGGCUACUGCUGGUGUGUUCUGGUGGACACGGGACGGCCGAUUCCCGCAACAUCCACCAGGUACCAGACGCCAGAGUGUGACGGCGCUGCGCGAUCUCGCAUCUCGGACACCGAAGAUCCCUUCCAAGCCAGAGACCUGACAGGCUGCCCAGAAGGGAAGAAAGUGGAAUUCAUUACGAGCCUGUUGGAUGCCCUCACAACAGACAUGGUGCAAGCCAUAAACUCACCAGCCCCCUCCGGUGGCGGGAGGUUUGUUGAGCCUGAUCCCAGCCACACUUUAGAGGAGCGGGUGGUGCACUGGUACUUUGCCCAACUGGACAACAAUGGCAGCCACGACAUCAACAAGAAGGAACUGAAGCCGUUUAAGAGGUACCUGAAGAAGAAAGCCAAGCCCAAGAAAUGCGCCCGCAAGUUCACCGACUACUGCGACCUGAACAAGGACCGAGCCAUUUCCCUGCAGGAGCUGAAAGGCUGCCUGGGCGUCAGCAAGGAGGGAAGCUCCACAACAAGUGACAUCCAAGGCCCAAGGCAAGGGACAAAAUUGUUCAUAGGUCGUCUGGUGUGAGCAGAGAAGGACCCAGAAGCUGAGACGAGGGCACAGAGGGAAGGCAUCUGUACGCCCGCUGACAGGAACCAGAAAGAUGGGGCCGAAAAAUCACAAAGUUUCCUGGGUUUCAAAAAAAAGAAGAAAAAAAAAAAGAAAGUGAACGGAAAAAACAUGAAAAGAAAACGAAGCGGCGCCAAAAUAUUUGCACUUUCUCCUCCCUGUGUUUGACAUGUUAUCUGUUUGUACGUGUUUUUUUUCUUUUUUUUCUUUCUCUUGAAGUGACUGCAAAGGUGAGAAUGAGAAUACAUUUGUAAAAACCACUGGAAGAUGUGUAAGAUACCACAUUCCCCCCGUGGGUUUUUGUUUGCUGUUGUGAUUCAUUUCGUCCUCGCAUAACAGGAAAAGGCAGCAACACCUUUUUUGACUAUCGAAUAAACUUACAUUUCCUCUGUUAAACGUAGCGUCACUAAAGAGGAGCUUAUAGUCAAAAGUGGCUCAAUGCUCAAAAAGGAGUUGCUAUGGAAAUGUGUAUGUAUGUGUCUGCCGCACCAAGCUGUGUAUUAGAAUCCAAAUGCACAUAAUUAGGCGAGGAAGCCCCUUGCACUGCACAGGACUACACGCCGAUACGUUUACGGCUUCACAAUCAGAUCUUUGUGAAAAACGUGGUCUGUUUUUGGUUCAGGACACACGGUGCCAGUGUCGGGGAGGACUAGGCUGUAAGAACUUACCACACGGUUACUCAAAGGUGUACUUUCAGUACAAAACCAAUACAAGCCCAUCGUGUUGUUUCUCAGUUAUCUGCAUGUUGUCUGCGCAUGUUGUCAUUGUUUUCCUACUCUUGUAUAAACCUUUUUGCUAACAAACGUGACAUAGUUUCAGUCAAGAAAAAAGCCUGGCAAAAAGAUUAACAUUAAUUGUUCAGAUUGUGGAAAAAGUGUAGAAGUUGUCAGAAAUAACGACGUUGUUAAAAUGCUUUUAAAGUCGUGAGAAACCACUUUCACUGUCCUUUGGAUUUGAUGUUGAUUUUUAAACAAUUGAUUCAUGCAGCUUUGAGAAACCACAAUGAAGGCCUUUUACACAUAACUUGAGUCUCUCUGGUUCUAUGUAUCAUUUUAUGUGGCUAGUUUCACUACCUUACUUGGUUCAAACAGCUUAAUCGUAUUUCCACAGUGUUGAUGGUGAAGUCUGCAUGUUCUUUUAUGUUUAUUUUGGUGAUCGUGAGUUCAUAGUGUUCUACUGGCUACCUUUACAUAUUGCAAUAGCGUCAACAAAUCUACGACGAAGCCCCCCUGGUGGGGAUUUUAUUUUGUCCAAAACACAUUACAGUCCAGCGAAUGACUAUUAACUAUUCCUAUUAGUACCAGAAAAGAACGGUGGGACAGAUGACUGAACCCAACCAGCAAAUGGAGUUUACCGUCUCACUGUCCCGUUAAUAUCGGCUCCUUUCACCCGUCAUACUCGUUUAUUCCAGUUAUUGUCAGCAAGAUGUGGCAUUUGCAAAUGCCAGUUCCUAAAAUAAAUAUUUGAGCCUCCCCAGUCAUUUUGUGUAUGUAAACACCCGUAUCGUCCUCUAACAGUUUAUGUCAGCCCUGCUCUGUAAAACACUUACUUGGAGCUCUGCCGCCUGGAGCGAGACGAUGCAGUGCGUCUUUCUGAAAUACCCACGAGGGCAUCAGGCCAGGAAGAGAAACACCCAAAAAGACCGUAUCACGUUUCGGAAUGAAAAAAUAAAGUUUCUUCCUCACAUUUGGGAACAAUUUGAGUUGCAAAAUUGUAAACGUUUGAGUCUGUUAUUGUGGUCUGAAUGCUUGUGCACUUGUUGUGGUGUUGUUUAUUUCUUGUAUUCCCAAGAGUCACUGCAGAGGCUCAUGAACACGAGACAAGACAGGCUCCCGUUGUAAAUAUGUACAAUAACCUUUUUUUUGUUUGAAUUAGUAAAUUUCAUUAUGGGUUAUAUUGGUGUUCACUUACUCACUCAUAUGUUUAUAGGUGUACAUACCCAUAUAUACUUCUCUGUGUGUUUACAUCACGUCAAACAACAGGCUAUUACAGUAGCAAAAUCAAGUUUCAGUGCUUGGAGCAGACUGUACGCUAUAAACCCUGAGCGCUGGUUUUUAAAAUCUCUAGUGGGAUUAUUUGACUAUUGCAGCUCGUGUUUUAGCCCCCCGUUCAUAACUAUUGGCGGUCAAGAAUGUAUACAGUAUCUAACUGCGCUUAAUCCGCUACAAUCACAUUUCUAUCCUCGUCUAAUUGGUAGUGGGUAGUUGUGCCAAGAGUGAGAGGAGAGGCGUCGGGGAUGAACACUGGGCCUGUGUGUGUCGGCCCAAGUGCUUCCAGACGCCGCAGAGCUGCAGAUCACACGAGGGAUCUGAAAGCGACCCAACGGGCUGCUAAUCACGACGGGGGACGUGUGCUGAGGGAGACUUUGGGGGGGGGGGGGGUUACACCUGGUUCUUUUCCCCGGCUGAACUGAGGCUACAUUUAAAUAAAUAAUAAUAUGAAAUAAAGACAAAAAUAUUAGAUUUAUUAGCAUUUGUUUAUCGUUUGUUUGAAGGUGUGUAAAUUGCAGGGCAUUGUGCGUUGUGCUAACAUGCAACUGUUUCAUGCAGCUUAUUCUUUACAAAAUAGGAGAAAUGUUCAGGAUUUCUGUUGUCCAGAAAACAAUGUCCUUCUCUUCCCACGGUCUUUACCAACAUCCUAGAAAUCACACCAACAAAAGUAGAUAUAGAUCCGAUGCUGAUGCUGUUUUACACUUACACCACCUUGUAUCAAACUGUGCUCAGUGCUGUGGGGGGUGCUGAGCAUUGCCCCCUAACGGUGGCGGUGGAGAAGCCCACUUCACGUGUUAGGCAAGUAUGCACACACACACACACACACACACACACACACACACACACACAUCUAUGACACAUCAGCCACGCUAAUUCAAUUCAAUAAACUGCCAAUAGCGAGUUUAAAGAAAAAAGUUAUGUCCUGCAACUUUCUAAAGUUUGUUUAAAAAUUGACAGGUGAUAUUGUAAGAAAAAAGUCUCUUCUUGCAUGAAAAUGAUUUAAAAUGAAUUUGCAACCCUUUCUUGACUGAUAAAACUCAAAGCAUAAAAAGA